AUGAAUGUUCUUAAACACAGCUUCAUCAGUUGGCUUGUGAUGAGGAAGAAACUUCUGACAAAAGAUAGAACACUGAAAAUGAAAAUAACUGAAGAUAGUGACUGCAUGCUAUGCGUAGGAAACACAGAAUCCAUUGAACAUUUGUUCUUUGAAUGCACAUACUCAAGAUUGUGUUUGGCUGAAGUGUUAAAAUGGCUUGGGAUGAAUAUACAGAACAUGGAAGUGACAGGGAUAUGGAGAAGGAUGACUAGAAUUGCAAAAGGGAAAAUUGAAAGAUCAUUUACGAAAGCAGUUCUGGCAGCAGUCAUAUAUCAUAUAUGGAAAGCCAGGAAUGAAUCUAUAUGGAGGAAAAGAGUACCUCGACCACAAGUAGUGUUAGAACAGAUUCAACAUGCAUGCAAAUACAGAUGCUUGGAGAUAAUACAGAAGAAGAAAAGCAAGGGAAAUAUGAGCUG